AUGUGUCACAAGGAGCCGUCAGCGGUGGUUCACUUUGAGACUAUGCCUGCAUACCAGAGAGAUGAUUUGGUUCCUGAUAUCCGUGUGGACGACACUCAUUUGUAUGGAAAGUACAAGGGUUGUUUAUUGGUAGCAAUUUCACAAGAUGAAAAUAACAAUAUUGUCCCAAUUGCAUUUGCCAUAGUGGAGGGAGAGACUGCUGAGGCGUGGUACUUUUUUCUAAGUAACUUACGCCAACAUGUGGUGACACAUGAUGGUAUAGGACUUAUAUCUGAUCGACACGAUUCCAUCAGGUCAGCUAUUGCUCGCAGUAAUAGGGCUUGGUCUCCUCCUAGAGCUUUCCAUAUGUUCUGUAUCAGGCAUAUUGAGUCGAAUUUCUUGAGGAAGUUCAAGGCACCUUACCUGCAGAAGCUUAUCGUCAAUAUCGGAUAUUCAAGGACGAUUCGGGAGUACCAGAUGCGCUAUGAACGACUACGCGAACGGGGUGAAGCUUACACCAACUGGCUUGACAGGAUCCCGCGGUCACAGACCAUCAACCUUGUGGAGUGCAUCGACUCCGUAUUGAAGGGGGCUCGCAAUCUCCCAGUCACCGCCCUUGUGAAGGCUACAUUUUACAGACUGAAUGAGUUGUUCACUAGGAAGAGAGCCGAGGCUGAGGCUCGCAUUAAUGCUGGGCAUGUGUUCUCUGAGCUUGUGACCUUUGACCUAUGCCGACAGCGUUGCGACUGUGGUGAAUUCCAGGUUGAUAGAAUUCCGUGUCGACAUGUGUUUGCUUGUUGUGCAAAUCAGCGGUUGGACUAG